AUGACAAAUAAAUUAAGGAAGUUAUUAUUAACAGCAGCAUUAUCAAAGUUAGUGCCGCAAUCUGAAGCUAAUAAUUUAUAUCCUGUGAAUGUACUGUUAUCGAUAUCAGCGCCGCAAUCUGAAGACAAUAAUUUAUAUUCUGUAAAUACACCGUUAUCGAUAUUAGUGCUGCAAUCUAAAACUAAUAAUUUAUAUCCUGUGAAUGCACUAUCAUCGAUGUUAGCACCGCAAUCUGAAGCCAAUAAUUUAUAUCUUUUGAAUGCAUCAUUAUUUGGUGGU